AUGAGUUUUCGUUGCAGUGUUAAGUUCGGUGAAAGAAGAGGAUCUUUUCUUAUGAGUAGAGGAUUGUCUAAUAUCUCUAGGUUCCCCAAGCCAAAGGACGCCGAAAUCGAAAAUUUUGUUAACGCUCAAGCUGAAAGUAUUGCAAAAUGGUGGGAAAGUGAUCGUUUCAAGAAUAUCAAGAGACCAUAUACUCCGUUAGAUGUGGUGAAACAUCGCGGGUCUCUUGGAGACGAUGUGGUCUAUGGAUCUUCUAUUCAGGCCAAGCGUUUAUUUCAAGUGUUAGAAAAUAAGUUUAAGAACAAGUUACCGGUUCAUACACUAGGUGUUAUCGAUCCUGUUCAAAUGUCACAAUUGGCUAGGUGUGAUGAUAUUGAAGUUGCCUAUGUCUCAGGCUGGGCAUGUUCUUCCACUAUGGUGGGAUCAACCAACGAAGUAUCCCCUGAUUUUGGCGAUUACCCCUAUGAUACAGUACCAAACCAAGUAGAAAGAAUCUUUAAAGCUCAACAGAUGCAUGAUAAGAAACAAUUGUUGCAAUUUUUGGAAUCCAAAGAUACGAACAAAAGAGUAGAUUAUUUGAAGCCAAUUAUUGCAGAUGCAGAUAUGGGCCAUGGUGGCACUACGACGGUGAUGAAAUUGGCAAAGUUGUUUGCUGAAAAGGGUGCUGCCGGUAUACAUCUUGAAGAUCAAUUGCACGGUGGUAAAAGAUGUGGACAUUUGGGUGGUGCUGUCAUUGUACCAACUAGUACUCAUAUUUCCAGAUUGGUAGCCACAAGAUUGCAAUGGGAUAUCAUGGGUACCGAAAACUUGGUCAUUGCCAGGACAGAUUCUUGCAAUGCGAAGUUAUUGAGUAGUAACGUUGACCCCAGAGAUCAUGAACACAUUCAAGGUACAAUAAAUAAGAAUGUGAAACCUUGGAGUGAUUUCCUUUCAGAAUUGGAAUUCGAUAAUGCGCCAUCUACAAAAAUUUCCAUGGCUGAAGCUAAUUGGUACAAGGAAAACAAACUGUAUACGUUUGAAGAAGCUGCUAAGGAGCAACUAUCGGAGUCCCAGUUCCAAACCUUUAAAGAACAAUGGAACAAGAAUUUGAAACUUGGUAAGAGAGGAUAUUUGUCUAUUGAUGAAUUGAAGUCGUUAGUGAGAUCCGUUAACGGUGGGUCAGAUAUUGUCUUCAAUUGGGAUGCACCAAGAACCAAGGAAGGAUUUUAUAUGUUCAAAGGUGGCAUGAAGCCUGCCAUUCAAAGAUCGUUGGCAUUUGCACCUUAUGCUGACUUGCUAUGGUUGGAAACUAAGUCUCCAGACUUGAAACAGGCUCAGGCAUUCAGCAAAGAAAUCCAUGAUGUUUACCCUGAAGCGAAAUUGGUCUACAAUUUAUCUCCGAGCUUCAAUUGGAGUGCACAUGGAUUUGACGACGAGCAACUACAAAGCUUCAUUUGGGAUCUUGCAAAGGAAGGAUUUGUCUUGCAAUUAGUGUCUCUAGCUGGAUUGCAUAGUGAUGCGUCCUCAUUCUGGAAAUUGGCCAAGAGAUACCAAACCGAGGGAAUGAAAGCUUACGUUGAAGAAGUUCAAAAAGUUGAAAAAGAGAACGGAUGUGAUGUUCUAACCCACCAGCAAUGGUCAGGUGCUGAAUAUGUCGAUUCUAUUAUGCAAGUAGUGCAAAACGGAUCAAGCAGUCAAACUUUGAGUACUACAGGUGAAAGUUUCACUGAGACUCAAUUCUAA